UUAAGGUUGAAGUGGCAUAAAUGAGAAAUCACUGUGGGUAUUUUGAAUCUCCUUGUUGAGAAAUUAUACCCAAAACAUGAAAGUGUUUUUCCUUUUCAACUGGAUCAUGGACUUUUCUGAAUGGACGCCUUUUGAUUCAAACCCAAUUGACUUUUUUUUGCAAGGACUUGUUGGUGCAUGUGGUGUGUCAGUGCUGUAUAAUUUGGUGAGAGUUUACAACUUCAUUCAAACAUGCAGUGAUUCUGACAUUAAUAGCAGAGGUAAACAGAGGUCAUCCUCAUCAGUAAAUCCCCUGAGAAGGAAUUGGAGAGCAGCUCUCCAGUUCUGGUGCCUGACUGUGCUUCUGUCAUUGGUGGGCUCGAGGGUUUCUUCUCUCAUUGUGCUGGAGUUUUCACUCAGAGCCAUCUCUGCCUGGACAUCAGCAGGACUGGAUGCUGGUGCCAGAAGUGUGGAUUUGCUCCUUAUUCAGUGCCAAUUUUCUCUAGGCUGCAGCCUCACCUGUACUCUGGCCUUCCUCCAUCAGGGGGCUCCACACAGCUCCUUAAGCUUACUUCUGGCAGCUGCUCUCAGCUGGGCACUGGCAGGCUACAGCAGCAGUCUGUUGAGCCAUGUGGUUAGACUGUUCCCACUGCACAGUGCAGAACAUUAUUGUGGGAGGUGCAUCAGCCUGCUGACCUCUGGACACAACAUACUGGCUUCCCUGCAAAGAGUGGUUGUCUUGGCUUUUGCUAUAGCAACUGUGGCUUCCACCGCUACAGUUUAUAACCACUUCUUGUCCCAGAAGGAUGCUAUCAAGUUCUGGACUCCACUGACACUCUGCUAUGCUAUGUUGGUGGUCUAUAGCACUCAAGAGGAUCAGACUUGUACAGAGAGCAUCUUGCACACUGUGGUGGUGCGACUGGGAGGAUUACUGGUGCUCAUGCUGACAGUUGGUAACUGGUCUGAUGUUAUUCACGUCCUCAUCGCUUUUCUGGGAGAGGUGGUCUGUCUCCUGCCCUCUCAGGAUCUACUACAGGCAGUUCGAAAGGAAGUGCAAGAAACCAGCUUGAGGAAAGAUAACAAGACGUUCAGUCGCAAUUCAAACAGAUUAAAAACAUCUGAUGACAAAUAAUGUUGGAUCUAAACUCCACUUUGAUACCAAUGAGCUUCUCACAUUUAAAAAUGUGCUAGUAUUCAGAAUUGACAAAAAUAAAAUUAUUUUUGUGGCCUUGAA